GUCCUCACUAUCAGCUUCGCUCUUCCUUUCCGCCAUGUCGGAGUCUGGCACACCCGCCUUUCUUUCCUUCCCCGACUUUGGGAACAAGGGGAGCGCUCCAGAAGCGGGCCCCAGCGCAUCGCCGGCCUUCUCUUCGUUCCCUGACACCGACAUUCCACCCAGUCGCGACAUCGUGCUCAAGGAUGGCAGCACCGCUGGAAACCGCGGAGAGGGCCAGUCAAAGCGGCGACGGAUAGACGAAAGCAGCCAUGGCGACCAUAGAGAACGCUCUAGGCGUGAGGACGAGCGCAGUGAACGGCGAGAACACAAGAGCGGUCGGCGGGAACACGAGUCGCGGCAUUCGCAUCGCGAGGAGGGUCACGGCAGGAGACAGGAGGAACAUAUCGACUCGGGGAAACGAGACGACAAAGAGCGCCGUCGAAAGCGCUCUCGGUCCCGGGACCGUGGGCGCGACAGCCGUGAUCGUCGAUACCGAGAACGGUCCCGCGAUCGAGAACGGUCUCGCGAUCGAGAUCGCGAUAAGGAAGGACACGAAGGAGGACGCUUCACAAAGCGACGCACGGGCGAAAAAGCGGAACAUGAGAGUGACGAGCGCCGUCUCGAAAAAGAGCGGCGGCGCGCUCGUGACCGCGAAAGAGCAGAGGCGCUCAAGGGCAAGGACCCGGAUGACGGGCGCCCAUGGUACGAGAGCACGGCGUCAGCGAAGCCAACUGCUACGACUCGGUCUCUCGACUGGUUUGUCGAUACUGUAGGCGACGACGACAUCCUGCGGUAUCGGGAGGUCGCGACACGCAACCCUCCUCGAUACCAUCGCGAUUACGGAGGGCGUAUUUUUGGUCUUCCAGGUGACGUGCGAGCAGUGAGGAGCAGGGAGCACAAGAGUUUGGAAGCGUCGCCAUUUGGCCGCCCAUACAUACCGCGAUAUUCGGCGCGUGCCAUCGAUGGAUCACUGUCAUCUCAUGGAGCUCGACUUCUUAUGCGACCCAAGAAGACGUCAGACGGCGAUCUCGAUGCCGACUUUCUCCCUCUCGACCACGGACGCCUCCGAGUUUCACCCGAGGAUGAAGACGAAUUGCCCGAUUAUCGUGCCAUCACCAAGGAUAAAACCGAGGACGACCCCGAGUACGAGGACAUGGUUGCGGUGCUUGGUGAUCUUCCCAACGUCGAGGACGAUAUCAAAGCGCAACGUGCGGAGUAUGAGCGCGAGCUCAAGGCACGGCCGGAAGACGUCGAGCGUUGGAUAAAGUAUUCCACCCUGCACCUGCAAGAGUCAGGUGCAGUGGUGACCGGUGACAUGGAUCCAGCCAAGGCACCUCAGACUAGGGCAAACGCUGAAGUCACUCUGUCCGUGCUGCAGCGCGCACUAGACGCGCACCGUACCAACCGCGCCUCGACCGACCUUCACAUCGCCUACCUCCGCGCCGCGGAGCAACUGUGGCCGGCCGACAAAGUUACUCGAAGAUGGAAGAAUGUCAUUGUCGAGCUCGGCCGCACCGUGCCGGAGGAGGAGAUGAUGAAGGUGUAUUUCGCCUACAUCGACUGGCGUGAAGGGCAAGGCAUCGGGGUCAGCGGCGGCAACAUGGGCGGCGUGGACGAGGUUGUUGCCGUCUACAUCGACUGCAUUGGGCGUCUUAGCAGCAUCGAUCGGGACAACGAAGCAAGAGAGGAAAAUCAGGUUUACCUCUUGCUACGAGCGUGUCUGUUCUUGAAGGCUGCAGGUUACACUGAGCGAGCCCUUGCGACGAUGCAAGCUGCCAUGGAAGUAACCUUCUUCAAGCCUUCGUACCUUCGACCGCCGGCUUCGCCCUUCGAUCGGGAGCGCUGGUUUAACGGCGUUUUGAUGGAGUUCGAGGACUUCUGGGACUCCGAGGUGCCUCGCAUCGGCGAGUCAGGUGCGCAGGGUUGGAGGAGCACGCAUGAGUCGGAAACAGUGGUCCAGCCACCGUCAUUCCGCCCACGAGACCUUGAUAUCGGCACGGACGGGGACCCUUACGCCCGUUGGUAUCGCGCCGAGCGGCGUGCCGAACAAGCUCUCAGCGUUCCCGGGCGCGCAAGGGAUCUCGACCCACCUGGCGACGACCCCUUUCACAUGAUAAUGUUCGAGGACGUUGCCCCGUUUCUGUUCCCGGUACAGACGCCGUUGGUCCGACUCCAGCUCAUUUAUGCGUUUUUGACAUUCCUAGGUCUCCCUUUUGCUCCUCCAGAGGCCCCUACAUCAUCCCCCUCGGCGAGCGACCCGCACGUCCGCUGGGCACUCGCUUCGAACAAAGUUAUGAGGGGGGCAUUCUGGCCGCCACGGCCGACGACGAAGCGUAUUGUAUGGCAAACGGUUGGCGGUACGCCUAUGGAUGCCGAGCAACCACGCGCGCUCCGCUCGCCGUUUGGCUGCCCUGCGAAGUCGUGGAUGUCGGAGCGCGGAACGCUAUUUGCGGACGAUAAGUGGUUCCGUGACGUGACAGCCACCGACCUGCUCCAUGUUGACGUUGACUUUGCUCGCAAUGUUCUCACGUUGAUGCGCCCGCUGGUUCCAGAUCCUUCGUUCGUGCUGUCAGCUUUUGCAAUGGAGGCUGCGAUGUUGCACAAGGGCGCAGUAAAGAUAGCGAAAAGCAUUCUUUCCGGUGACAGCGACAACCUCCUUCUCUGGGACGGUUACGCCCGUCUUGAGCAGCAGCGCGGAAAGACUGCGGUCGCCCGGCAAGUAUAUAUAACAGCCCUCCAGGCGGCCGAACAACGAGCUGCGGCGCCUGGCUCCGACAAGGACUAUCUGGAGCAAGAUAUGGGCGAGCUUUGGGCUGCCUGGGCUGGGCUGGAGUAUGAGGCUGGCGACGAGGCCUUGUGUCUACAGGUCCUGUUUAUGGCCGCUGGGUUUCAGCGCGAGCGGAUAGCAGAGUGUGCGGCGCCAGGCUACAAGGCGCAACAGCCGUCGCCUAUCGCGAUGCUCAAGUUGCGACAACAUUAUGACAUGCCUCGUCCGGACUCCACACACCAACUCGUCCUGACCGCAAUCUUCUUCGUAUUGGUAGACGGCGCGGAAGCAGUGCGGAGGCGUCUGCUCGACAUCGUCAACGCUCUGCCAGCCGACCAUCCACGCAUCGAGGAAACACUCCAGUUGCUCGUCAAGAUAGUAUUCGUGCACAACAGCCGCCACUCGGCGCCUGCGUCGCUGAUGCGAGGUUUGCUUGAGCGGGCCAUAGAGUUGUGCCCGAACAACACGAUAUUCCUCUCGCUUUAUCUCUGGGGAGAAGGCAACCGCCGCGUGUAUGGCAACAUUCAUCGCCUUACAUCGCGCCUGCUCACAGAGGACCACGGUAUUGCCCCCCUCCUUUGGGCAGUCUGGGCGGAAAGCCAAAGCGCUUCGCGGACAUUCUUCGACGAAGGAGGAAGUGGCGCAGAGCGUGUCCGACGCGCCCUAAACCAAAGUGUCAACUCGGCUAAAGGGCGACAGUGCGCAGGCUUGUGGAUGCUCUACAUCGAGUUCGAGAUGCUUAUGAACCGCCCCAAGACUGCAAAGGAGCUGUGCUAUCGCUCAUUGGCGUCCGUUAGCGGAUGUAAGGAACUCUACCUCCUUCCGUUCUCGACACUACGCGAACAUUUCACGUCCCGCGAGCUCCGUGAUAUCGUUGAGCUCAUGCUCGAACGCGGAAUUCGUCUGCGCGUAGACACACAGGAUUUCUGGGACCACGACCAUCUCACCGAGGACGAGGAUAGCGAUGAGGAGAUGAUCGGCCCCGUCCCGGACGACUAUGAGUAUGGCAUGCUGCGCGAGCGCGAGGAGCUCAAGCCCUACUAGUCGAGCAUACGUGAUGUGGUCUGUACGCAGAGCAGUGCAGGCGAUGAAGUCGAUCCACACUCCAUGCCAGAGUCCUGUAUGAGGCUAACCAAAUUCGAGGACCUCUCUCAACACAAAACAAUGUAUUCGCGCAUGCUAGUCCAUGUACAACAUAAGAAUAAGAAGAGG